GCCGCCCACCUCCUCCGGCCUCGGCACCAUGGCCGCCCCCGUGCUCCGGCGCGCCCUGCUCCGCAGCGGGAGGGCCCUCGGCGCGGGCCCAGGUAGAAGAUCUCUUCUUUCUGCGGCCUAUGUGGAUAGCUCAAAAUGGGAAAAGAGACAAAAAGAGGAGCACAACCUGGCUGACUUGGCCCACUUAAUGGACAGAACCUAUGAAAGAAAGCUACCUGUCAGCUCUUUGACAAUAGCCCGGUUUGUUGACAACAUUUCUUCACGAGAAGAAGUGGAUCAAGCUGAAUACUACCUUUACAAGUUUCGUCAUAGUCCAAAUUGCUGGUACUUGAGAGACUGGACCAUCCACAGCUGGAUCAGACAGUGUUUGAAAUAUGGUGCUCAAGACAAAGCCUUAUACACAUUAAAAAACAAAGUUCAGUAUGGAAUUUUUCCAGAUAAUUUUACAUUCAAUAUUUUGUUGGAUUAUUUUAUAAAGCAGAAGAAAUAUGAAGAUGCUAUGUCAGUAGUAACAGAGAUCAUGCUCCAAGAAAGUUUUGAUGAAUUUUCAACACAGCUUCUUUCUCUCUAUAUUUUAUACCAGUAUCUGGCAACCAAGUCUGAUCAUGCGUGGGAAGAGGAGAGAAAUCUUGGAGCAUCACUAGUGCUUGCGAGUCUAAAGCAAAAUAGCACUGUGGGUUUCAGCUCCCAGCUGUAUGGCUAUGCAUUCCUUGGAAAAGUGGAGUUGAAUAAGGGACUAAGAGCUGUAUACAAUCUAAUGCCACUGAUGUGGACACCUGGAUAUUUGAAUAGAGCCUUGCAAGUGAUGGAGAUUGUGGCUUCAUUGUCAGGAGACAGCAAAAUCUGCAAAGAAGCUAUUGAUGCCCUGGAGACCAUUUUACAGUCUGUCCUUGAAGCCAAACCUGGUCCAGAUUCUGCUGAAGAAGUCAAGGGAUUAGAGCAGAAGUCACAGAGUGCAGAAUCAGAAGAAACAGAGCAAUCUAAAGCACCUGAGUACUACAGUCGAUUCAAAUUUCAGGAGCAGUACUCAUCUCAUAGCCCAUCAGUUUCCCUUGCUGCUGUCACCUGGACGGCUGUGACCUUGCACAGUUGUUCUGGAUACAGACUGUUCUGAAGAAAUUUCAGAAGUUAAAAGACAAGUAUCCUAUGGUUUCACCUCACACACACAGACUUUUCCUUUCUUUAAUUUUUAUUUACACAACUUUGCCACUAAUCUUUAGAUAUUAAACUUGCUUUGUAGGCAGUUAGAACUUUUUAAUUAAAGUAUUUGGAAAUCAGUGAGUGUUCAGCAUGUGGUAAUUAAUGCCUGGAUGAAUUACAGUGAAUUAGGUAAACACAAGUGCCCUUUGAAAGAGGGAGUGAGACAUUUUUAUGUGUCUCUCAUUGCCUAUCCAUUGUCUAACCUUGAAGAAAAUAAUGCAGAGUGCUCGAAACAAGGCCUAAAUAUCAAAUUGGGGACAGGCUAGUGCCAAGAGGGUAGUUUUAUUCUCACCUCAACCUUUCCACAAGUUCCAUAAUUAAUCCCCUUUCAGGCAUUCACUGGUGUGGCAGUGAGUGCCCUGACUUUGGGCCAAAAAAUUACAGACCCACUGCUUAACUCCUAAGGUCUCACCAGGUCUGCAUAUGAGAAAGACAUAGCCCUCAUGUGGAGUCUAAGCAUCCAACAGUAAUUAUAUGUCCAUAAGCCACACUUUCAGGUUUUCUGAAUGAGAAAAGGGGCUCUCAAGUCAGAAUGCCAUUUCAGCCAAGCCUGAAAGAGUUCUGAGACUCUCCUCUCAAAUCCAUCAGGACAGCAGUAGUCACUCUUCCCAGCUUAAUCCUGGACGCUUACAGGUGUCAUUCACAGGGUAGAGUAGUGCACUAGAAAUCCAUACAAGUGUGAGGGAAGGUGGCAGCUCUGAAGCAACCUGGUGCUGUGUGCAUUCACAGCUGCUGUCCCAGGACAGAUCACCUGCUCUUCUGUGUAACCCCAGCAAAGGAUUUGAACUUCUGCUGCUGAAAACAAUUCAGUUGCACUUUGUUUAGCCCUGCGUUAGCCAGCAUAUCCCAGUCUUUCUCCUUGAACUCAAAACCAGUUGCUUCUGCCUCCUGCAUGCCCAGUUCUCUUUCACAAAUCAUACACCUCAGAAUACAAGGAAAAGCAUAUGGAUUUGCUCCAGAUACACACAUACUCCUCCAUUAUAUUCCAUGGAAUGGACUCAGUGUCUCAUACCAACCUUCAGAACAUUUGUGGAAGUACCUAAAAAAGCCAUGGCAGCCUAACAGAUACGGAUACAUGUCCUUCACUUCCAUGGAAACAAACAGAACUUGAGGGCAUUUGGCUCUUUCUAGAUAAAGCCUUUAGAGCUGUAAUCUAGACACUGACACUGUCAUUUGUGUUGUAAUUACCCAUUUUUGGAUCCCAUAUGCUGAGACUACUCAGUACAAUGCUCCUCAGGCAAUUGCUUCCAUCUGUGAAUGAUCAGUGGGCAAACAUUUCAUCACAUAAAUGCUGGGAACACCUCCCCUAACUGUGUGCAUGCAGAGCCCUGGAGACUGCUUAUGAAAAUCAAUGAUUUAGCCAUUUAAGAAUGUGCCCUUUUGGUACCUGCAGGACAUACAGCCUUCUGCUUUCCUAAAUUAGUUUUACUGAUAUAUCACAGAAGAGCAAUGAAUAUUCCAGAAGUUCAGUGAUACCAGUAAUGGCUUAGGAGACAAGAUCUGCUAGUUUCCAGGUUGCCUUUCUGUAGUUCAAUUUCAUACUGUUCAAGUUCAGUGCAUAAAGCCCCUUUUCAGCACAUCCUUGGUAGAGUCUAAUAGUAAGAAUCUGAAGGAUGUAAACCAAUUACAUUUAAAAUGUAUAUCUAGUCCGUAAACAUGAGCAUAAUUGUCAAGUUCCUUCCCCAAACCCAAGCUGUACUGUCUCCUCACUUUUCUCCCUGAUGCCUUGUAUACUUACUUACUGAUACCUCAAACAAAAUAGAGACUAAUACACCUGAAUAAGUUUAUUCAAUUUGGUUUUAGUCCAUUAGCGUUGAAGACAUUGGCUUUGUUUUUAUUCUGUAUCAUAAACUUAAAAACCCCUCAGACCUGCAUGUCUAGCAUUUUAAAGAGUCUUUAAUCUGCUCUCUGUCCAGUUCAAACCUUCAGGGGCCUAAUAAAACACAACAAAGCCUGCAGUUGUGCUGGCUAAGGGAGAGAGAACUGGAGAGGCCUCAGAAGGGAUGUAGUAGUUUCCUCCCUAAGAACAAGGCAGAGCCUCCAGCCAGGAGCUGAGAAGAAGUGCCUUUGCAAAUUAUUGCCAGCAUGGGCUCAGGUAAAAGGAACACUGUGGGCCAGCAGCACAAUGCAUAGGCUUUCAGUUAUAGCUGGAAGUCUGGGUAUCUGCAUCGCUCUAGAACUGCCAUUUUGUUUGGAGGUGAAUGAUUCCCACAUCUUCUUUCCAUUAUCCUUCAAUGCAAAACAAGAAGUUUUAUACAAAUGAAAGAAGUAUGGAUGUACCUUUCUUUAGAACGCAUGCUUACUUAAAACAUUUCUGCAAGUGCUGGGCUCAGUAAAGUCUUUUGUUUAAAAGAACAGUCAGGAAAAUAUGUAUAAUGAGUGAACAAGGGAUACAGAAUCUUCCAGUGCAAUGUCAUCUCCUCUUUGGUUGUGUAUCUGCACUUUUAAGGCAAUUAAUCAAAGUGUUAGUUAACCAUCAGGCUAAAGAUUCCAGAAAGCCAGAAACAGUAUCACUGGAUGAUUCAUCAUCCUAAGUGAAUUAACAUAUGCUGCAUGAAAUCUAGAUAAGUAAAGCUUGAGAAAGAAAAACUGCAGUUUCUUACUGAGUUACUCUGCUCUUAGUUUCAGUGUAGAAUAUCCCUGAAAAAAAUAUCACUUAACAGUGUUGUGUAGUCUAUGUAAGCGUAGUCACUCUUUGGAUCACAGUAACUUAGGAAGAAGAACCGUGGGAGUUACUUAGUAUGCUGUUAAAACAUUUGAAAUUACUUGUAUCUGUUGAGAGGGAUGCUGAUGCAGGCAGUGUGGAUCAAAUUUUCGGGCUGGUUUUGAGGUAAGACACAAAACCAAAGUGUUUAGAUUAUAUUUGUUAUGGUUGACUGGUCAGCUGAUCUUUGUUAAUAUCAAAUAAAUGAACUUGGAAAAAGAAGACGUUUUCAGUGGUUAAUGAAACUAAAAGUUCAUUGGUUUAGUUUUGUUGUUCAAAAAAUAAUAUUCUUGAUAUUAGCAUUUCAAGAAAUGGUACCAAUUACCACAGUUCAAACACUUUGAUGUGAUAGUUACCAGGCCUGUAUAGCCCAGAUGAUGAUAAUAAUAAUAAUAAUAAUAAUAAUAAUAAUAAAUAAUGCUGCAAACAGUUAUAGGGAAGUAUUUCAUGGCUGAUUAUUUUGUGAUUGACUGGCUCUUUCCUUCACUCCCU